AUGGUUAAUGAAUCGAAUGGCGGCGUGCCUCCGCCGCAGGAGCUCGAGACAUUCCUACCUCAGGAUGAGAGAAACAAAGAAAAAAUCGUCAGCAAAUACAACAUGACCAAAGAUGUGGAGUCAGCUGAUUUCGACCCGUUUGCGGAGCGGAAGCUGGACAAUCCGACUUCAAACAUGGACACACUAACACAUCUUCUGAAGGCGUCACUAGGUACCGGCAUCCUGGCGAUGCCCAAGGCGUUCAAAAGCGCAGGAUUGAUCUCCGGCAUCUUCUUCACGGUUCUCGUCGCUAUGAUCUGCACUCACUGCGCUUACGUACUUAUCAAAUGCGCCCACGUGUUGUAUAAAAAGACGAGAAGAACUACCAUGAGUUACCCAGAAGUAGCUGAAUCCGCAUUAGAAAAUGGGCCACAAUGGGCUCGGCAAUGGGCUAAUUCCUUUAGAAUCUUUAUACUUGUGAGCCUCUUCUUGACGUACUUUGGUACAUGUUCCGUAUAUGCUGUAAUUGUCGCCACAAACAUAUCACAGGUGGUACUUCAUUAUUUGGAAGAUCACAAGGAUGUUCUUGGAAUCAGAAUUUUUAUAAUAGCCCUGCUGUUGCCACUUAUAUUAAUGGCGUGGAUUCGCAACCUCAAAUACUUGGCGCCCGUGUCCAUGAUCGCUAACCUGUUCAUGGGUGUCGGUCUUGGAAUCACUUUCUAUUAUUUGGUUGGAACUGGCGGUCUUAGUUUUGACAAAGUAACGGCUGUGAAACCACCGGUUGAGUGGCCCGAAUUCUUUUCACUGACCAUAUUUGCCAUGGAAGCCAUUGGUGUGGUUAUGCCUCUAGAGAACGCCAUGAAGACUCCCCGAUCAAUGCUCGGCUUCUGCGGAGUUCUCAACAAGGGCAUGUCUGGCGUAACGCUGGUGUACAUUCUCCUUGGAUUUCUCGGAUAUCUACGUUACGGCGAUGAAGUUCAGGACUCCAUUAACCUUAACCUGGAACAAGAUAAUAUCCCAGCCCAAAUCGUCCAAAUCGCCAUUGCCAUCGCUGUUUAUUGCACAUUCGGACUCCAAUUCUUCGUGUGCAUCGACAUCAUGUGGAACUGCAUAAAGGACAAAUUCACGAAGCGACCAGACCUGGCCGACUACAUCAUGCGCACAAUAAUGGUCACUGCUUGUGUUCUGCUCGCCGUUGCGGUCCCGACCAUAGCACCGUUCAUGGGAGUCAUCGGCGCUUUCUGUUUCUCCCUCCUAGGUUUAAUUGCACCAGCCUUCAUUGAAAUUAUCACCUUCUGGGAGAUCGGCUACGGUCCCUACAAUUAUCUUAUUUGGAAGAACAUUUUGGUUUUCCUAUUCGGCAUGUUCGCUCUUGUCUUCGGUACCAAAGACGCAGUCAUAAGUAUAAUUAGAGUGUACAGUGCGUAA